CCUCCCUGCAGUGACGUCACCGGCGUGUGUUGCUGGAGAAGACGGAGCAAGAUGGCGGCGUCCAAGGUGAAGCAGGACAUGCCUCCUGCGGGAGGUUAUGCUUCGUUUGACUAUAAGAGAAACCUGCCGAAACGAGGACUCUCAGGAUACAGCAUGUUUGGUAUCGGCAUUGGCAUCAUGGUGUUUGGUUACUGGAGGCUUUUUAGCUGGAACAGAGAGAGGAGACGCCUGCAGAUUGAGGAGAUGGAAGCCAGGAUAGCUCUGAUGCCUCUGCUGCAGGCCGAACAAGACCGAAGGUCCUUACGGAUGCUGAGGGAAAAUCUAGAAGAGGAGGCCGUUCUCAUGAAGGACGUUCCUGGAUGGAAGGUUGGUGAGAGCGUCUUCCACACAGACCGCUGGGUCGCCCCUCUGUCAGAGGAGCUUUUCAACCUCCGGCCUCGUGAAGAGCUCUUGCACAAGCGUUUCGGUUUCAUGUCGUACGUGUGAGCACCACCAGAUGUCCAGCGUCCUGAGAUCAACCUCAUCCACAGCCAGCACCGCGUGGACCUGAGCCUGAGCUCAAUUCAGCUUGUAAAUGUUCUAUAUUAAAGUGUUUUUUCUGU